GGAUAUGAGGAGCAAUCUCAGCCGUCCAUUCACAUGAUCAACGACGAUGAUGCAUCGCCACUACUGCCUCAGAUAGCCCCGCAGAUACCUCUCUCUCUCUCUCUCUCUCUCUCUCUCUCUCUCUCUCUCUCUCUCUCUCUCUCUCUCUCUCUCUCUUUUGCUACCUCGUUUCCUACUGUUCAGCUCUGCCGAAUUGCAUGACUGUCCCUCCCUUGUCUCUGUUUCGAAUCAUUAUUAGCCUCUCUCUGUUUCGAAUCAUUAUUAGCGUUUCUUGAUAUCCUUAGCUCCUGAGUACCCCUCUUUUUUAUGCAUGGGGUGCUAAUCAGUGUAAGAGUGUAAAGGAUCGCAUAACCAUAACCUUUGACAAGCCUUCCAUGUUAAUUAUCGGUACCAAUCAAUGGAUUAUGUACGACUGAUCAAUUGGGCUGAUUGAUCAAUUGAUGGGUUAUGGACGAGUGACCAAUUGGGCCGAUUGAUCAAUUGAUCGUGAGAUUGGUCGGCAGUCGCGGUACAGCAUGGCCGCAGCAGGUGCAGGAACGCAGGCGGCGGCUGCCACCAACAGCGCGUGUAAUCUCCUUUCUCAGGGUGUGAAUCGGAAGCAGGGAUCGCAAUGUCACACACAUGGCUUUCCUUGUCCAUCACCCAGACAACGUGCUAUGUUAAUGGGUGUCAGGGGAUGUGACAAGCUCCUCUCUUCCUCGGGGGCAUCUGGCCGAGUGCGCGCAGGAGUCCACGUCGCCGCCUCGACUUCCCCAUCCGCAGGCUUUCUUCCUCCCGCCGUCGCCGGUAUCGAUGGCUCUCCCGCCAAGAGAUUGUUUUCCGCGCGGCCGGAGACCGAUUGCCAUGUGCGCGCGCUCUUGCGCCCCCGCUUGCCUUCCCCAUCUUGCGCCGCUAACGCCAGCCGGCUGACCCUCCUGCCAUGUGUCUGGCUUUGUCGCACAUGUCGCACUCUACAGGAUGCCGCCACGGUAGCGACGGCGACGGCGGCGGCGGCGACUCCAGCCCGAGAAUCUUACGGGUUCGUCGGCGCUGCUCCGCGGAGCCAGCGCAUUCGCUCGUCGUUCCCUCUCUCUUCUUCCCCCCCUCACAGCGCCGGCUCUCCCGGCCUUCGCCAGCCGUCGAUCUCAUCGCGUUGUUAUCUGCGCGAUGCCCGUGCUCCUCCUCAUCUCCCUCCGCGCCAUCGGCAACUGCGCGCCAAACCGACCCCUACAUGCUCGGCGGAGGAUGUGCGGAAGCGAUGGGAUCGCCCGCGCAACGGCAGCGCUCAGCGCCGCAAUCCCGAUCCGUCGGCGCAGCGCAGGAUUACCGAUCGAAAUCCUCGCCGCCGACAGCUCGCGGGGAGAGGGCGGCAGACACACACAGACAGCACCUUCCUUCCGAUGAGCCUAAGCACUCAUACCGAAGAAGCCUCGCUAAUCAAUGUCAACGACCAAUCCGACCGUCGACGCCUAGGCAACGACGGUCGAUCGGACGUUGCCGUCAUUGGAGUAGGGGUACGAGAGGUCGGAGACGAUCUGUCGAUGGAAGAGAACCCCGCGGGAGAGGUGGAUGGGCCUGGCACGCUACCGACAGUGGGAAACGCCGACGGGGAAGGAGGACAUGUACCCGAUAUUGGCUUAUCUGAGCUUGGCGCGGAGAUGGCAGGCCCGGUGAGCGGCGAGGACGGAAGCAAACGGGAACGUUCCAAGAGUACGACUAGUAGCACGGGCAGGCAUUUAGAGAAGGAUCAGGAGAAGGAGGAGAGGACAGGAAAGCCGCCAGCUGGCGAAGAAGAGCGGAGGAGGAGGGAGGGAGGAGGGCAUAGGAAGAGAGAGGGGACAAGGGAGGGUAGAGAUGGUGGUGGACAUCGACAGACGGAGGAGGUGGAGUCUACUAGCAACGAGUCUUCCCCUCCACAAAGGAGUUACAGGGAGAAGAGGCAGGUGAUCACACCCAUCGUCAAGGAAAAAGUGAUGAAGAUCGUGAAGGCUUCCUGGUCAGUGCCCCACCUACUUCGGCUGAUAAGGGAGGAGAAAGACCAAAUGUCGCCUUUUGAGAUCAGCACGGCUUUUCACAGGGUGGGAAAGGCUGCCAGGUCGUGGAAAAGCAACGACAAGGCAGUCCUCCGCCGCAAUCCGGCCGUGGUUUGGCUUGCCAAUCGAGUGGAAACGCAUAUGGGAGAAUACGGAAGCCAGGCUCUGGCGAAUAUUGCAUGGGCACAUUCAGUAUUGGGUCAUGGUGGCCCAUUACUAAUGGACCGAUUGACUAUUGAGGCGAUCCGCAAGGCAUCUGGCUUCCUUCCUCUGGAGAUUCUUUCCAUGGUAAUUGCCUUCGCUCGGUUGAAUUACGUUGAUGAAGAUGUCCUCAGUGUCUUCCAAGAGCUCAUUUAUGCAAAUCUGUCCAAGUUCAGGAUCUGGCAGCUCUCUGAGAUUGCAUGGGCUUUUGCGAAGUUGAAGUUUGUUGACAGAGAGCUGUUUGAGGUCAUCGGCAACCAUUCGGGAACGGUUAUGGCAAACAUGUGUGCUAGAGAUGUUUCAAACCUGAUCUGGGGUUUUGCCAAGCUGGGACUGAAACAUGAGGCCAUGAUGCAGGCAAUUGCAAAGCAUUCUGUGAAGAUAAUGAACAAAUUCGACCCUCAGUCAGUGUCGAAUGUUGUUUGGUCCUAUGCAUCCUUUGACUGGUACGAUGCUGAGCUCAUGGAAGCAAUUGCCGCGAGAGCCACACGCACAGUGGACCGGCUUUCACCCCAGGCUCUGGGCAACACCGCCUGGGGCUUUGCUGUCUUGAAUCACUAUUCACCUGCAUUGCUGGAUGCCAUUGCCAAGGCGGCAGCCAGCAAGAUUGCGACUGUACCGUCACAGAAUAUGUCCAACAUACUGUUCACACUAGCAUCAUUUGGGCACCCUUCAUCCACUUUUCUUGACGUUUACAUCGAUGAGGUCAACAGCCGGCUAGAGGAAGGGAAACUUCCCAGGCAAGCAGCAGCAAACAUUGCCUGGGCAUUGGUAGUGCUUGGCCACUUCCCCAGGAGGUUAUUUCCACUCCUCCGUGCCUGCCUCUCACAGUAUGACGACUACUCUUCCCGUGAGCUUUGCCAGCUCUAUCAGGUGGAGCUGGCAUUGAAAGUUGAAGCCCCGGAAAUGGGAGAAAGACAGCGAGGUUUGGACUCCUCACCACGUCAGUAUUUGCAGAAUCUUUGGCUGAGCGGAUACAUCAAGCAGUUCGCUAAGGGCUGCUGGGAGGACAUGAAUAAGAAGGAAAACUUGCUGACCAGCAAUUUUCAGAGAUCGAUUGCUGAGGUGCUUGAUGACAUGGGACUUGAGCCUGUAACUGCAUACGAGGUUGGAGGCUACAAAACGGACAUGGCACUCCCAAGCAACCGCGUCAUCAUCGUAGUUGUAGCAAAAUCGGUGUCUUUAGCUCCUUUAGCAGGCUGCUGGGAGGACAUGAACAAGAAGGAAAACUUGCUGACCAGCAAUUUUCAGAGAUCGAUUGCUGAGGUGCUUGAUGACAUGGGUCUUGAGCCCGUAACUGAAUACGAGGUUGGAGGCUACAAAACGGACAUGGCACUCCCAAGCAACCGCGUCAUCAUCGAGGCAGACGGGCCGACUCAUUUUGCGGCAAACAUGAGGAAUUGGCAGAUGGGGCCUACACGGCUUAAGGCACGUGUGCUUCAGGCACAGGGAUGGUCUGUUGUUCAGAUUGCAUAUUUUGCUUGGGAAGAGAUGAGCACGCAUGGUGAAAGAAGGGCGCUUCUGGAGAAUUGCUUAUUGCCUUUGCUUCCUCCAUCGCCAAUUGAACCGGGACAAUCUCGCACAGCUGCGACAGGUGUCGGCGGAAGCUACUGCUCGAUAACGCCGGGUGUGUGGGUUACUCUAUCUCCCAUUCACAGACAAUUGCAUGAAAAGAUCUACAAAGCUGCCGUCGAGAACAGCAAUCGGGAUGAUAGACAAGGUGAAAUCACAGGUGACGGAGGAGCAGCAGCCGUAGCACAUGAUACGCCACUGGCCAAUCAAGGGGAUGAAGCCAUCAAAGGCAACACACUCAGGACAUCGAAGAGCAGCAACUUCAAUGAGUCUGAGAAUCCCAACGCACGCGACGACGUGCAGCCAAAGGAGAGGGAGACUAAUCUGAAGGAGAAGGGGGACCUCGAAAGGCGAGUUGGAGUGCUUGGGGCAGCUGGCAUAAACCUGGGUGCUCCUGGAGGGAGGCUGAAGAUGCUUCGGGACACUGCAGUUAGGAGAGGGCUAGAGGGGAAUAAUGCGGCGACAAAGGGCUAGAGGGGAAUAAUGUGGCGGCAAAAGAGUAGUGUCGUCAGCGACGACAAUUGCGCCGUGCUCUGGCUGUUCUCCAUGUGCUGUGUGCAUUGUGAUGGCAGUGCACCAAAGCUUCCAUUCAUCUGUACAUACAUAUGUUAAGUAGACGUGCUGAUCUACACCCGACACAUCAGGUCCAUUUAUUUCAGCAAAAGAGUAUGUUGAGGACAAAGAGGAUUUUGAAGGGGGGCUUGUGCCAAAAAAUUAGGGACCCACCAACCUCUACGGCGCUACAGCACCGAUGUUCAUUCCGUCUGCAAAGGAUCAUUAUUGAUAGAAGUUCACAUCACUCGCUUUCUUGUACAAUGAUUCAAUAAACGGUGCGGUGGGAAGGACUGCUAGAUCGGGAAAAGCUGUGUGGCAACCCUCCUUACGGUAAAAGCAUCCACGUCACUUUCAGCGGAUAUUUGUCAACUGCAUGGUUUAUUGCAUGCACGAGCUGCAUUCCUUGAGAUGUGAAAGAAAGCAUACGCCCAUGCCAAUGACCUGCUGCAUUUGAAAGAGUUUUGAAUGGUUUAUCUCAGCUCUCCUUCAAAUGACGAAAGUCAAAAGCAAUGCCAACGCGAAUGCAAAGUGUGUCACAAGGUACCACCCCGUCAACAGGAAUGGCCGCAGACUUUACAGUUUGAUGAUGCACAGAUUGAAGGCCAGUCCCCAACUCCCGUCU